AUCAGCUCUGAUAGGAAAACAUUCAAUUAAAAUGAGAUUUAUGGUUAGUGCAAAUUUAUUGACUGUGUCUUGUUUAUUUCUCUCGGUCGCUUGCAUGAAAUCUGUCGAUUUUGAUGACAGAGAUGAUUUCAUCAUUGGAAAACGCGUGGAGUCCGACGAAGAACUUUUCUACUCAAGCUUCGACUUGACGAAAAGUGGAUGCCAGUCAUCCAAAUCAUACGUUCCUUGCACCAACAACAAGACUCACUUCACCGUGAAUUUCAAGGACACCAAGAAGAGAUGCAUUUCUUCAAUUGAACUCUUUUCGUGGCCAGACAGAGAGCCUGUUCUGGGUGCUCCAAAGAUCCCUUCGAAAAGUACAAUCUUCUGUCAGCGCGGUGGCAUUGGAAAGAGUUACUGCUUGUUGAUCUUUAAGAAGAACGAACCACGAGAGGACGCAGAAGUUCACAUCAGGGGAAUGUCUAAACCCUGUUCAUUCAAGAAACGCUACAUUUCUGGCAAUCCCAAGCGCACAGAUGCUUAUGGACUACAGUAUAAGUUCGAUAAAGAAGAUUUUUGGAGUUUACCGAGAACUGGCGUAGAAAAAUGGGAGAGAACAGGAAAUGAAAUCAUUUACCGCAAAGACGGAUUGCUAAACACCCAAAUUACAUAUUUAGACAAGAGUGAUAAGUUUUCCUCUGCUAAAGAACUGUUCGUUAGAGGCGAGAAUAAGAAAUUCAUAAUUAGAUACCCGAACCUUAAGGAUAUCAGCUUUCUGGAUGUCUAUUGGUACCAGUCUUCGCAAAGUGAAAAACCUAAACUUCCCUAUAUUUACUACAAGGAUCAAUGCACUCCGGAUUUGAAGCCUUGCGUGGUAUUUGAUGCCGUUGAGCCCAUUACUUAUGUUCUUGUGAAGGCGUUUACGAACAAAGAUCAUACAGAACCUAGACUUAGGGCAGCUGAUUUGGGUCGAGGAUAGAGAAAAGUAUAUUAAUAAAUGUCUUCCCAAC